AUGUGGAUGCCAUGGGAGACUCAUACGGCGUAUGUUCACAGUUUCGUUGCAGGCGUUUCGUUGAUGUCAUGCAUGGUGGUCGUUCCUAUCUACAUCACGGUUUGGCGCUGGAUGUCUACGUCGGACCACCUUUUGGCGAUUACAAUGCUGGCGUUGUUGUUGGUAUUGCUUCAAGUUUUGCUAGAAUUGAGUGGAGUCAUAUUUGGCGAACUGCUUCGCACAUCGCCCCACAUCUCGGGCACCUGUUCUGGGUACUAUAUGUUGAGUUCGUGUUGGGUCUCUUGGGAGUUGGGAUCUUUAUGA